AUGAGCGAUGACAUAGAAGAGAAGUUGGGUAAUUUUGUCGACCCUUUAGCUCUCAGAACUACAGAGAAAUCUUUUCACGAAGCUCUAGGUAAGAAGUACCCUCCCUCACCUAGCCACCUCACUCUUUGUAAACCUGUUGAGAAAUUUUCACGCAAUUAUAAUGGUUCCAACAAUUUUAAUUUUCAAUCCACUUCUCAAAUGCCCUUCAGUUCCAAGGGGAUUUGUUAUGAUGGAUUGAUGAAGCCUUCCGUAACCACUAAUCCUUCAAGUAGCAGCAGGGAUGGGUCCAUUUUAAAGCAGUUCAGAAAAGGGGAAGAGAAAGCUCGCAAAUACCUUCCAGUUAUUGAUUUUGAGAGCCAUGAUCUAGUGGUAGAGAAGAAUGAUAAAGGUGAUUCUGAUGCAGAAGAAGAAGAAGAAGAAGAAGGAAGGUCUAAUGAGCACUUGGCGUUUUGUGGCGAAGUGGAAGAGUUAUCAAACAUGCUUCACCAGGUUUUUGUUUUUCUUGACAUAGAAAAAGAGCAUUCAGAGUGCACUGCUAAUGAAGAUUCCAAGAAUAACCGAGCUAGUGGAUUGAUUGGUGGAAAAGAUCGAGCAAAAAAAAGAAGAAAUGUUGUAGUGGAUUUAAGUGAUCUACUUAUUAGUUGUGCAGAAGUCCAGGCUGGUAUUGACAUUAGGACUACAAAUAAACUUUUAAAAGAGAUUAGGCAACACUCUUCUUAUAUUGGUGUUGGAUCUCAGAGGAUGGCACAUUACUUUGCCAAUGCUCUUGAGGCACGCUUGGCGGGUACUGGGGCUCAAAUUUGUGCUGACAUGUUUUCCAAGACACCACCACCUAUUGACGUGUUGAAAUUCUAUCGAUCUUUUGUCUUUGCCUGUCCUUUUAGAAGGAUCUGUUUAAAUUUUGCAAAUCAGUACAUUUUGGAUGUGACUGAGAAAGCAACAAAAGUUCAUAUUAUAGAUUUUGGUACCACAUUUGGAUUCCAGUGGAUCAUCAUUGUACGAGAUCUUUUAGCUAGAGUUGGUGGAACUCCCAAUCUUCGCAUUAGAGGAAUAGAGCCUCCUCAACAUGGUCCUCAAAAAGCACAAGGAGUUGGGGAGACAAAGCAUCCUAUGGAAAAAUAUUUUGAACGGUUUAAUAUCUCAUUUGAGUAUAAGGCUAUAGCAAAAAAAUGGGACACUAUUCAAAUUGAUGACAUUAAGAUCAACAAAGAUGAGGUCAUUGUUGUGAAUUGUCUAUACCAAUUGGAGAAUCGUCUACCUGAUGACACAGUUGCAUUGAAUAGCCACAGAAAUAUCGUAAUAGACCUAAUUCGAAAGAUAAAUCCCAAAAUAUUUAUCCAUGGUGUUACGAAUGGAUCCUUCAAUGUCCCCUUCUUUGUUAGACGGUUCCAAGAGGCGGUAUACUACUAUUAUGCAUGCUUUGAUAUGACGGAUAAAAUAUUUACCCUUGAAAAUCCAAGCAGGUUGAUGUUUGAGCAAAGGAUGCUUGGGCAAGAGGUUGUGAAUACCAUUGCAUGUGAGGGUUCUGAGAGGAUUGUGAGGCCUGAAACAUAUAAGCAAUGGCAGGCCCGUAACACAAAUGCUGGAUUUAAGCAGCUUCCAUUGAAUAGGGACCUCGUGAAGAGAUUAAGAGCGAAGUUGAUAUCUAUGUACCACAAAGAUUUUAUGAUUGAGGAAGAUGGUCACUCGAUGCUCCUAGGAUGGAAAGGCAAAAUAUUGCAAGCUCUCUCUUGUUGGGUUCCAAAUGAGUACUAA